AUGAUGAGUGCUAACAAUGUCUUGGCUACUGUGAAAGUUCAAAGCAUUCCAGACAAUUCAAAUGCUAUUUCAAGUGUGGAGAAUACCAACAUGGCACGUUUCGAUAUCGAAACGAAAAGCAUGGAAGAAAAGUGCAAGCAAGCACCAAUCAAUCCAGAACUUAAUAUCGACUGUAGUAGAUCGGGGUUUCGGGUAUUAACAUAUAAUUUAUGGUGCCAUAGAGUAGUGGGUGGGUGGCAUUCAUCUCGAAGAUUAAACACUUUUACUUCCUGGCUGUUGGAUAAUUCCACUCCGUUCUAUGAUAUUAUAUGCUUACAGGAGGUAUUUGUAUGCAAUCCAUUAUUAUUAUUAAAUUAUGGUUCUGGUCAACGGGCAAAUUUAAUAAAGACAGUAAAAUCCAAGUAUCCAUAUAGUUAUACAGCUGACUCUCCAUGGUUUGGUGUUCAAGACAGUGGUUGUUUAAUUUUAUCUGCUCAUAAAAUACAGCCGUGCCACCAGGAGCCAUUCAGUGGCUGUAGUUUAUCUGAAUUGGUAACUCAUAAAGGCUAUAUGUGCUGUAAAAUUACAAUUACAAAUAAAGAUCUAAUAGUUAUUAAUACUCAUUUGAAUGCAGGAAUGCAAAACUCAGCUGCGAUUCGUGCAAGGCAAUUCGUACAAAUCAAUGAUCAUAUUACUACUUGUCAUGCUGGCCAUAGAGUUAUAUUAUGUGGAGAUUUAAAUAUAGAAUAUGGUAGCAAAGAAUACAAUGAUAUGCUGCAAUCUCUAUUCAUUAACAGAUUAAUGGACUCGACUCCCAAAGCUGGAGCUACUUAUGCCCGAUCAAUUCGUUUGGACUAUAUUUUAACUAAUCAAUAUGUUUCUUCAAUAGGCUCAGCUGUGGUUUCAGCUGAUGAAAAGAAUCAAAAUGAUCCAAAAUUAAUGGUUUCAGAUCAUGAAGGCUUAGAAGUCACACUUAAAUUCACUAACACUGAGCCUCCCAAUGCUCAGAUUACAAUAGUCCCACGAUCCAACAAGGCUAGAGCAAGACAAAUAAAAGGACUAGCAGCAUUUCUAGCAACUGUAUUGAGCGCUAUCAUAUAUUAUUAUCUCUUUCAAUCACAACUUGAUUCUCAUCAUUAA